GGUUCCGUUCGCGUGUAGCCUGCCACUUGCGACAUGGCGGGUUUUCGGGACGAGGACAAGGCUCUGUUUCCUAUACGGAGCAUCUCCUCUAUCGUUCAGAUUUUCCAAAAUCAGCUGGAAAACAGUACGGAGCCAGACUUGGCGUUGCUCUCGAUCCUUGUCGGCGCGGUCGAGAACUCCCUAACCUGCAACCGUACGUUCGCGUCGCAAGAGACCACUGUUUACGACGAGCCGAAGCUGCCGGCAGUCGAGUUCCACAUCGCCGAGGCUCUCUACACAAAGUUCCAUGCGGUGAUCAAAGGGGCGGUCGAUCUUACGGUCUACGACACCAAAUACGCGACCAGAGAGCUCGUCAAAAAGGUCUCCGACGUGAUAUGGAAUUCUCUCACUAGAAGCUACUACAAGGAUCGCGCGCAUUUACAAAGUCUCUAUAGCUACUUGACAGCAAACAAACUCGACUGCUUCGGAGUCGCAUUCGCGGUGGUUGCUGGCUGUCAGGUCUUGGGAUUCAAAGACGUGCAUCUGGCUAUGUCAGAGGAUCAUGCUUGGGUCGUUUACGGAGAGGAUGGGACAGAAACGGCAGAAGUAACGUGGCACGGAAAGGGAAAUGAAGAUAAGCGUGGCCAGCCUGUCGAGCCUGGCGUGGCUUCGAGGUCAUGGCUGUACGUGAAUGGACAAGCAGUUGUCUGUUCGAGGGCCAUGGAAGUAGCCACUAUAGUGUCAGCUAUAAAUCCUAGUUUAAGCGCGACCGCGGAUGCCGCAGAAGUGGCAUUGCUGCAGCAGGAACUGCUGUGGUUGUUGUACGAUUUAGGUCAUCUGGCGAAAUAUCCUAUGGCUUUAGGUAAUUUAGGAGAUUUAGAAGAGGCUGCGCCAACACCUGGCAGACCGCCUGCCAUAGACCUGUUUCAGGAGGCCAUUCGAUCGGCGAGAAAGUAUUAUGGAAACGCUCAUGUGUAUCCGUACACUUACCAAGGUGGUUACCUGUACAGACACGGACUCCACGCGAACGCGUUAGCGUCAUGGGCGGACGCGGCAGAUGUCUUGAGAAAGUACGAUUAUUCGAGAGACGACGGAGAAAUAUACAAGGAGCUGCUGGAAAUAGCGAACGAAUUGAUACCGCACACGGUACGGGCCGACGAACGUCUGUUAAGACAACCACGAUGUUUCGCGUAUCUUUUGAGGUUUUACGACGGCAUAUGCCAGUGGGAAGAAGGCGCGAACACGCCGGUUCUGCACAUCGGCUGGGCCCGACCUUUGGUGAACACGAUCUCGAAGUUCGACGCCGGUAUACGCGCUCAGGUGAUCAUCGAGUGUUACGACGCGGAGGCGAGGCAAGAGGAGGAACGAGCGCAGAAGAGAGAAACCAGCCCGGAGGAGACGUUGAACAACAACAACAAUAAUUACUGCAAGACGAAAGAGAGGGGUAACACGGCCCGCGAUUUGAUCAAAAGCUUAGAGUCCAAAGUACCUUCGAACCCCGCGCCGACGCAUCCUAGUAUUCAAGCGUUGACCGCGGCGUGCAGCGAAAAAAUACUUAACAGAGAUUACCUCAUCCAAGGUGGCGGAGAACCGUUCGUCGCUCCGCCUGACGACACGCUUCCACCGGCACCCUCGACUUCUCAGGAAAAUCUCGAUCCCGAGGUGGAGACAGACUCGGAGAACGAGAAACCGAGGAUCACGUUGUACAGUCAAAAGAUGAAGGGCCUGAAAGAUCUGCUGCUGGCCGAGAAGUUGAACACGCACGCGAUCUCGUUGCAGUUGACCGCGCAGAGUCAGGUACAAAUCGGUAAGAAGUCGCGGGGCAACGACGAUGUUGGUGUCAGUCAACGCCCUAAAAGAACGCGCCGGGAAUAG